AUAUAUAUACGCAAAAGUCGGCCACAAAGCUCCACCCAAUCACCAGCUGACACUCUCCCCUCCCUCUUUCUCUCAAGAACGGAACCUGAGCUGCUACUGCCCUUUGCCCUUUGGAGAGAUCCAUCUCUUUUCUAGUGCUCUCGGAGACAGAGAGACAGAGAGAUAGAAGCUCUGCUCAGCUCAGAUAAUUAAGAAUCCGAGCAAGAAGAUCGCCUUUUUGUCCUCCAAGCCCAAGAACAGGGGCUGCUACUAAGCCGGACGCAGCCGCCGGAGAUCAACGAGAGCGAUCCCCCCUGCUGUGCGCUGAGCUGAGAUGAUGAGGGAGUCGUGGAUGGACGUGCUGCCGGCGAUGGACCACUACGCGGCGGCGGCGUCCCGGGGGUGGUUCAUGGCGCCGCCGCCGGCGUGGACGGCGCAGGAGAACAAGCAGUUCGAGCGGGCGCUGGCGGCGCUGGACCUGCGCUGCCCGGACUGGGACAGGGUGGCGCGCGACACGGGGAAGACGGUGCUCGAGGUCAUGACCCACUUCAAGGACCUCGAGCUCGACGUGCGCCAGAUCGAGUCCGGUAUGGUGCCCUUCCCCUUCUACGCCGGCGGCGGCCAUGGCGGCUCGGCGGCCUUCACCUUGCAGUGGGACGGCGCUGGUGGCCAUGGCGGGGCGGGGGAGUUCCGGCAUGGAGGGUACAGGUUCGGCGGAGGGUGCGGCGCCAAGCGGCACGCCGGGCGCACGCCGGAGCAGGAGAGGAAGAAGGGCGUGCCAUGGACCGAGGACGAGCACAAGUUGUUCCUCUUGGGCCUGAAGAAGUAUGGCAAAGGGGAUUGGAGGAACAUAUCGCGCAACUUUGUGCAGACGAGGACGCCGACGCAGGUGGCCAGCCACGCGCAGAAGUACUUCAUCAGGCUCAGCUCAGGGGGCGGCAAGGACAAGCGGAGGUCGAGCAUUCACGACAUCACCACGGUUCACCUGACCGACGACCGGCCUCCCUCGCCGUCCCAGUCAUCCCUGAUCACCAGCAACCAGUCCAACGCACCAUCGACCCCGAGCGUGUCAGUAGGCCAGUUCUCAUUGCCAGGUGACGCCAAGCAGCAUGGUGGAGCCCCGAAUGCGGCCUUCGAUUCGCCGUGUUCGGGGAUGCCGCCUUAUGGGGUGAGCUUGCAAGAUCAAGGCCUGCAGUGUGGGCCUCUACAUGAUCAGUUGGCCCCGAACCGGAGUAUGCUGUAUUAGAUGGCGAUCUGUCGAUCCACCUGGCGCCCACGGAUCAUAUGUCUAGUGUAAUAUGGUCUUUACUUUAGCUUCGGUUACCUGUAUUGGAGUAAUUAAUUAUGGGAAAUUUUCAGAACAUAACAGAGAGGGGAUGUUAUUGGUAGUCCAUAAUUGCUGGUGAUGAUACUGAGGAUGUAACAAAAAAGAGUCCAAGAACUUAUGCAUGUGGUAUUUUCAGACAGUGAGUGACACAGUACUCAAUGCUGAUCAUGUACAUUACCAAGUGGACUUAUUUUUCAAUCUUCAUGGAUCCUGCCUUUUUGGUCA